AUGAGACUUUGGACGCCUCAUGGGAAGCUGCUGCAGGCGGCUUGGCUGUGGUGUGUGCUGGCGGCUCAGGUGCACAGCUGUCCUGGUGCCUGCAGCAAGUGUUCAGGCCCAGAGAAUGACCAGUGUGAGGGCUGCAAAGCAGGAUGGACACUGCAUAAUAACACCUGUGUAGACAUUGAUGAGUGUGGCACGGAGCUCGACAACUGUCCUCUCAACAGCUACUGCUUCAAUACAGAGGGCUCGUUGGAGUGCAGAGACUGUGACCCAGCCUGUUCGGGCUGUAUGGGCAGUGGACCAGCCCGCUGCAGAAAGUGUGCUUCCGGCUACAGGCUGACAGGGUCCAAGUGUUUGGACAUAGAUGAAUGUAGCGACAGGGUGCUUGCCUGCCACGGCCUGGACGAGAUUUGUACCAACACCAUCGGCUCGUUCCGCUGUGACUGUGCCAAAGGAUUCCACCGCAAGGGAAGCGUCUGUGUGAGGAAGCAGCUGCCUAGCGUUCAGCAGAAAGGCCUGUUUGAGGACAUCCAGGAUGAGGAGGUGGAGGUGCUGCAGCAGAUGUUCUUCGGGGUGGUGCUCUGUGCACUGGCCACACUGGCGGCUAAGGGAGACAUGGUCUACACAUCUGUAUUCAUAGGGGCAAUGGCAGCCAUGGCAGGGUACUGGCUGUCAGACAGGGGAGACCGUGUGUUAAACAAUUUUAUGAAGGGACAAUAAAACACAAAAAUAACAUUGCUUUAACCUGCCGGACAUUGGACAAUAUAAGUUUACUGAGCUGCCGACGAUAGAGACACUAAAAAAUCAGUCGCCUCAGAAUCCGUUUUUAUCUUGUUUAUUUAAUUGUAUUUUUUUUUUUUUGACUGACAGGGAAUGAUAAUGUUUGUUACAUCACAGCUUUCAGAGGACAUACUGUAAAGUCACAGUCAUUUAUUCUUCACUUUGUAAAUUGCCAUGAUGAGGCUCAUUUCAAGUCAGUAGCUUUUCAUCAGUGGAUAAACUUUGCAUAAGUGAGGUCUGUCCACUGAUGAAGACAGGGACAUGGAGCUGAAAUGGAUUGAAGGUGAAGAGUUUAUGGUCAUGACAACUUAUGUGUCCCACUUUGAAGAGAAAGAAAAAGACAUUUGGAGACUGUUCAUUCCAGUGCAUUUGGAGAAGCCACAAAAUAAUGUUUGAUGCAGUUUUACAGUUUUAUUCAAAAAGUGUGAAGUGUGUUCAUUAAGCAUGUAGCACUCAGUAUUUGUCUCUA